AUGAAGCAGAUUAGUUUGUUUUAUGUCCUCUGUUUUGUUCUCAUAAGCUUCGGUGUCGCUUCGGUUGCAGCAGAAACAUGUCCGAACAACGGAGGUUUCACGCCCAACGGUACCUACGACGCAAACCGCCGUCUCAUCCUCUCUUAUCUUCCUUCCAACGUCACGGCUCAAGAAGGCCUCUUCUACAAUGGUUCCAUCGGACAAGAACCAAACCGUGUCUACGCAACAGGGAUGUGCAUCCCAGGAUUAAAGCCAGUUGACUGUUCUGAGUGUAUCAAGAUCGCCUCUAAUGGUUUGAUACAAAAAUGUCUCAACCAAACAGAAGCGUACUCAUGGCCAGGUCAAUGCUAUGUGCGCUACUCCAACACUUCUUUCUUUGGAUCUGCAGAGCUAAGUCCGAGAGAUAGUGUCACCAACGGUGCAAAUGUAGACUCAGAUCUAGCAGAGUUCAGGAAAAUAUGGGGAGACUUAGCUGUUCAUAUGGUCAAUGCAGCAUCCACAGCAAAAAGUACACCAUCCUCUAGUGAUAACUAUUACACAGCUAAUAUGGCAGCCUUGACACCUUUUCAAUAUAUAUUUGCAAUGAUGCAAUGCACGCCGGAUCUUUCGUCUGAUGAUUGUAGGACUUGCCUGCGACAGAGCACAUACGAGUACUCCCUGCCAUGCUGCAGUACGAAGCAAGGAACUCGUGUUGUGCGUCCAAGCUGCUAUUUCCGGAUGGAAAUGUAUUCGUUCGCUACAGAUUCUUUUGAUAAUUUUACAGCGGCUUCUCCUGCUCCUGAGGCUGUGCCACAACCUGCAGAUGGUCAGCCCAGCAAGAUUUACAAUGAAGAUAGCAAAAGACUCUCAGCUGGAACUGUCGUGGCGAUUACCCUUGCAAUUGCUGUUGGUGUCUUGAUACUGAUUGGUCUUGGUUAUGUCCUAUUCCGGAGGAGAAACUCAUACGAAGGAACUCAUAUUGAAACUGAUAGUGAUAUUUCAAUUACACAUCCAUCUCAAUAUGACUUUAAGACAAUUGAAGCAGCAACAAACAAUUUUUCCAGGAGUAAUAAGCUCGGUGAAGGUGGAUUUGGAGAGGUUUACAAGUGUGCAGACCCUGAGAAGCAAGGUCAGCUAGACUGGACUCAGCGAUACAAGAUCAUUGGAGGGAUUGCUAGAGGAAUUCUUUAUCUUCAUCAAGAUUCACGGCUCACAAUCAUACAUCGUGACCUCAAAGCAAGUAACAUUCUCUUGGAUGCUGAUAUGAACCCAAAAAUUUCAGAUUUUGGAUUGUGUACGAUCUUUGGAAUAGAUCAAACUCAAGGAAUUUCCAACAGAAUUGCUGGAACCUAUGCUUACAUGUCUCCUGAGUAUGCAUUGCAAGGUCAAUUCUCCAUGAAAUCUGACGUUUACAGCUUUGGAGUCUUAGUUCUCGAGAUUAUAAGUGGAAAGAAAAACAGUAGCGUCUACCAGAUGGAUGAAACUAGUACUGCUGGAAACUUGGUCAACAAUGCUUGGAGGCUUUGGAGAAAUAGGUCACCACUAGAAUUGGUGGAUCCGGCAAUUGGAAGGAAUAAUCAGAGUAACGAAGUCACUAGAUGCAUCCAUAUUGCGCUCUUAUGUGUUCAAGACAAUCCAGAAGACCGUCCAAUGUUAUCAACUAUCAUCCUGAUGCUCACUAGCAACACAGUCACUCUACCAGUGCCUAAUCUACCGAGUUUUUUCCCGCGUAGCAGGCCCCAAUUUGAGCCGCCAUCUGAAGGAUCCGAAUCAAGUCGAUCUACAGUAAAAUCUGUUGGUUGUUCUAUCUGUGACACGACAAUUACUGAACUAGAGCCUCGUUGA